CGUUGUAAACAAAAAUAGUUUUCGAUCGUCAGAUAUUUUGCACGAUUUCUCCCGUAAAAAAUUGGAAUAUUCCAUCCCGUGCCUGUCCGCGGGUAACUUGCCACGAUGCCGGUGGACAUCAACCGGCUAACGGACGGGUGGCUCGAGCUGGAGAGUGACCCCGGCCUGUUUACGUUACUGCUGGAGGAUUUCGGCGUAAAGGGCGUACAAGUGGAGGAAAUUUACGAUCUGCAAAAGACCAUCGAAGGGCCCGUGUUUGGCUUUAUCUUUCUGUUCCGAUGGAUCGAGGAGCGGCGCGCCCGACGUAAGAUCGUCGAAACCACAACGGAGAUGUACGUCAAGGACGAGGAGGCGGUCAACUCGAUCUUCUUCGCCCACCAGGUCGUUCCGAACAGUUGCGCCACUCAUGCGCUGCUGUCGGUUCUGCUGAACUGUUCCGACAUCGAUCUGGGAACGACACUGAGCCGGCUGAAGGUGCACACGAAAGGGAUGUGCCCGGACAACAAGGGUUGGGCCAUCGGGAACACGCCGGAGCUGGCCUGUGCGCACAACUCGCACGCGAUGCCACAGGCUCGGCGCCGUAUGGACCGGAACUCGGGCGUCAGCACCGGGAGAUUUACCGGCGAAGCGUUCCACUUUGUUAGCUUCUGUCCCAUCAACGGGCACCUGUUCGAGCUGGACGGACUUAAGCCCUUCCCGAUGGACCACGGUCCGUGGGGCGAAAAGGAAGACUGGACGGACAAGUUUCGCCGGGUCAUGUCCGACCGGCUGGGAAUUUCUACCGGUGAGCAGGACAUUCGCUUCAACCUGAUGGCGGUGGUUCCGGACCGUCGGAUUGCCAUCACACACAAGCUAAAGAUGCUGCGCACGAAUCAGACGAUAGUUUCGGCGGCUUUGGAGAAGUUGCUCAAGAGCAAACAGCUGGAGAGUCGAUCGCAGGCGGAGAUCCGGGAAACCGUGGACAAGAUCAAGAAGGAGGAGCAGGAAUCUACGGUGAAGCUGAGUUCUGAAUACUCGCAGCUGUUGGAGAUGCACGAAAAGGACGAACCUGCGGUGGCAAUGUCCAAGGAGUUGGAGUCGCUGGUGUCGUUGAACAGUUCUUCGGAUUCGGUUGAAAUCAUUGGCGAAACUGAGAUUAAGAAGGAGAACCCUCCGCCUUCACCCCCGCCAGCAUUCAUUGGAGCUGGGACGUUCUCCCCGAAGGAUCUCCUGUCACUGCUGAAGAACCUGGAGUCGGAAAUCAACAUCACCGAGCAGCAUCUGUGCGACGAGAACGAGAAGCGGGCCAUGUUCAAGGUGGACGACUGUCGCCGGACGCACAAUUACGACGAGUUUAUCUGCACGUUCCUGUCGAUGCUGGCCUACCAGGGCGAGCUGGGAGAUCUGGUGACACAGCAUCUGGUCACGAGCCGGAAGCCGAGCCUGGGUGGAGUGCAGAACAGCGGUUCGCGGGGUGUUGUCCGCAACUACAACAAGAAGAGCACCACCAACGGAUCGUCGCCAAAGACUCCAAGUUCGAAGCGGCGACGUGGACGGACCAAGUACCGAAAAAGGAAGUAAGGAGGACGCUUUGUUGAAACUGGACUGGAGAGGUGGCAUUUUUUGUUCCAAGUAGGUAUUCUUUAUUUUUGUUUCCUUCCGCAAUUUAUACCUUAAAAUAUAAUCACAAUAAAUUUCCACUGAUUAGCAAUCGCUUGAAAAA